GCGCCACACGAUUUCAGUGUUUGUUGGUGACAAAAGUGGAAUGAUAAACCGGAUUGCAGGAGUCUUUGCAAGGAGAGGGUAUAAUAUCGAGUCACUUGCUGUUGGUUUAAACAAGGACAAAGCUCUUUUUACUAUAGUUGUAACUGGGAUUGAAAGAAUGCUAGAGCAAGUUAUGAAACAACUUCUAAAGCUUGUUAAUGUUUUAAAGGUUGAAGAUAUCUCAAAGGAGCCACAAGUAGAACGUGUGUUGAUGCUCAUCAAGAUAAAUGCAGAUCCAAGAUACCGUUUAGAGGUCAAGUGGUUAGUGGACAUAUUUAGAGCUAAAAUUGUUGAUAUCUCAGAGAAAGCUAUAACAAUUGAGGUGAUGGGAGUCAAAAAACUUUAACCCUUUUGCUAUAUCUUCAUGCGACAUAUAUGGAGUGAAUUUUGAGUCUUGAUGAAUUGGAUUAUUUAUGUUGUUAGUGGGCCUAUUUUAAUUUGAAUAUGUACCAAGACCUUAUUUAUUAGAUAUGAAAUCUGUAUACUUACUGAC